AUGGAUACACCCCGAGUCCAGGUAGGCGCGCCGGAGGUCGCCCAGGCUCCUGUGAGCACCCAAAACACUGAAACUCCCGAUGUGGAUAUGAACCAGACUCAGCAGAGCGCGGUGAAUGAAUCCCAAGCAGACGCGACACAACAGGAUAUUUCUCUGCCUGACGCGCAGCCAGCUAGUUCAGCACCAACAGAACCGCCGCAACCUCCCAAGAAGAAGCCAGGCCUUCAUUUUCUGGACUACCUGACGUCGCCCAUUGUAGAACUCAUCGUCGGGAAGGACGAGCACGAGACUUCCUUAACAGCGCACCAGAGCUUGUUGUUGGAAUCGCCAUUCCUUGCGCAGGCUGUUGCCGCAUUCAGCGAAUCAGGUCCCCGGCGUAUUAAGCUUCCCGAUGAGAACGUCGAGGCAUUCGGUUGCUUCCUACAGUUCCAAUAUACCCACGACUACUCCGCAUCCCCCGCCGAUCCACCCGCCGAUCAAGACGUUGUAGGCGAACUGGAUGAUAGCGGCGAGCUACUGUUGAGACAUGCGCGUGUCUACACUCUAGCAGAGAAGCUCGGCGUGCCUGCGCUCAAGAGUCUGGCACACUCGAAGAUCCACCGUAUCAACAGUACCUCUCACGGAGAGAUCGCGUACGCUCGUUAUGUCUACACGCACACACCCGUCGACGAUGUCACUAUUCGAAAGCCCGUCGCCUCCUUCUGGGCCACCAGAAGCCAUGUGCUGCGCCACGAGGCUGAAGAGGAGUUCAAGAAGCUGUGUCUUGAAGUACCUGAGUUCUGCUUUGAUGUACUCAGUCUUGUUCUUGACCAGAAAGAGAAACGCGCCCAGGAUCGAGCAGAGACCGAAUCGGGCAUUAAAGGCAGUGGUAGGAAACGUCUCAGGAGCGGUAUCUAG